AUGGGGUUUGCACGGCUGUCGUGCCUUUUGCUUCUAAUAUCAUGUGCGCUCACUGGAGUGCACAGUGUUACCGUCACAACCAGUGUUGGAGACAUCAUCGGUUUCGAUGCCAUUUGGGGAGACAAGACCCUGCAGAAGUUCCAUGGAAUACCUUUCGCGCAAGCGCCUAUUGGAGAUCUCAGAUUCAGCCCACCGGUUCCCAGGGCGCCAUUUCUGGAGCCAUUUCCAGCGAACAAAUUUGGCUCCCCUUGCCCCCAGCAGUCAGAAUGGUUAGAGAAAUUGGUAUUCAGCCCUGAGAGCCAGAAUUUUGAAAUGAGUGAGGACUGUCUAAGCUUGAACAUAUACGUUCCCGUUGGAGGUGAGGAGAAAAAACCUGUAAUGGUGUGGAUCCACGGCGGAGGAUUCAGUGGUGGCGCAGGGAUGCAGUAUGAUGGCUCCAAGAUGGCCGCCCUCGGUGACGUCAUUGUCGUGACUAUUAACUAUCGUCUGGGCCUGCUCGGUUUCUUUUCGACGGGGGAUGAAAUUGCGGCAGGUAAUUAUGGUCUCCUUGAUCAGCAGUUGGCUCUGAAGUGGGUGCAGCAGAACAUUGGGGCUUUUGGUGGCGACAAGGAUGGUGUAACAAUCUUUGGCGAAUCUGCAGGAUCUGCCUCGGUCACAUGGCUUAUGCUUGCACCUAGUAACAAAGGACUUUUCAAUCGGGUCAUUGGUGAAAGUGGGACUGCUCUUGCCGAUUGGGCGAUGCCAAAGCCAGAGAUUGCUAUGCUAUACAAGGACAUAUUAAUCGAAAAACUCGGAUGUGCAAAGGCAGAUUCGAGUCAGGUCAUGACAUGUUUGCGAGGUCUCCCAACGGAUGCCUUUGCGAGUACCGCCUCCGGUUAUCCACAUGCAGAAGCCUUAAAGUUCAAGACCCCAGUUGGACCACGUGUCGAUGGAGACUUUAUCCCUUACUCGCCCUUAUCUAGAAAACCAACAGAAAGAAUGGAGGACCUUCCCGUCUUCCGAUCUGUGGACUUCCUCAUCGGUGUUAACAAAUAUGAAGGGUCACCUUUUAUAGCUAUCUUCAUGGAACCCAUGUAUCAAGCCACGACAAAUGAGAGUCUUUACGAUGGAGUACCAAGGAAAGCCUUCCAUGAGAAUGUUGAGAUGUGGGGUGUUGCGAAUGAAAGAGCAGACGAGGACGUGGCACAGGCUCUCUGGUACCUAUACGGGUCAUCAGUAAAUGGUAAACAAUCGGACAUGAUGCAAGCACGGGAUCUUCUGGAGUUCAUGGGGGACUCUGCGUUUUAUGACGGCACUAUCAAGUUUGUUAAGCGUCACGCUGCGGAAACUACAGAAACUACAGGUACGACUUUCCUCUACAGCUUCCUUCCGAUGCCGAGCAAGGCCGUUGGGGGUCUUCGCGAUCUCUUUGAGACAGAACCAUGGAUUGAUGGCGCCAUCCACGGGGACGAAUUGGGCUUCCUUUUUGGCAAAGGUACCAUCAUAGAGAAUGAGGAGAAGAUGGAAGGAGGUGAAGUCGAGCUGUCCGCCGCAUUGAUCACCUAUUGGACAAACUUCGCCAAGACUGGGAAUCCCAAUGAGCCUGCACCAGUCCCCCGCCAGUGGCCACAGUACAAGAUGGGUGAGGAAGAGUUCAUUGAGUUCGACAUCCAGAACAAACAACUCGAUCUCAGAAUCAGUUCCUUCUUCAGGAAUAGACACAUGAGCUUUUGGCAUGACGUCAUCCCUGCGAUACAGGCGUGUCCCUUUGAGAAGCCACAUUUUACUUCAGAUGCAGAACCAGAAGUACUUGAGACUCGUGAUGCUAAGACUGAAUUGUAG